AAAAGAAAAUAGUGUAUGUGUCAAAUAAAGAUGUUGGUUACCGGAUUACUGCGCUCUUGCAGAUUUCUCCCAAUUGUGGUGAUUCUGCUAAUCCUAGGGGAACAACAACAUGUCCAAGCGAACGUGAAUAAUCAUCUGGCCGGUGUGCAUCGGCGUUUCGAGUACAAAUAUUCCUUUAAGCCGCCAUAUUUAGCGCAGAAAGACGGCACUGUGCCCUUCUGGGAGUACGGAGGCAAUGCAAUUGCGAGUGCGGAGAGUGUACGAGUGGCGCCGUCAUUGCGUUCACAAAAGGGUGCCAUCUGGACAAAGUCGCCAACGAACUUCGAUUGGUGGGAGGUGGAGAUAGUCUUCCGAGUAUCCGGUCGCGGGCGUAUUGGUGCUGACGGUCUGGCUUUCUGGUAUACCACACAAAAAGGCGAUUAUAAUGGUGCUGUUUUUGGUUCUUCGGAUCGGUGGAAUGGCUUGGGCCUAUUUUUUGAUUCCUUCGAUAACGACAAUAAACAUAAUAAUCCUUAUAUUAUGGCUGUGGUGAACGAUGGUACGAAACAGUUUGAUCAUUCGAACGAUGGCACCACACAGCUGUUAUCUGGCUGUUUGCGUGACUUCCGCAACAAACCGUUCCCAACACGCGCACGCAUUGAAUACUAUAACAAUGUAUUAACUGUAUUUUUCCACAAUGGUAUGACGAACAAUAAUGAGGAUUAUGAAAUGUGUCUUCGCACGGACGGUGUGCAAUUACCCAAAAAUGGUUACUUUGGUCUUUCCGCGGCGACUGGAGGUUUGGCUGAUGAUCAUGAUGUCUUCCAUUUCUUGACAACGUCAUUGCAUCCGCCCGGUCAAGUCCCAUCAGACCCGGUAAAAGUUCCAGAGAACUCUGAAAAGCUGACACAGGAAUAUAAGGAAUAUCAAGAAAAGUUGGAGAAACAAAAGCAGGAGUAUAAGAAGGAGCAUCCUGAUGAGGUUAAAGACGAUGAUGAGUGGGAAGAAUUCUUCGAAUCGGAAAAUCAACGUGAAUUGCGUCAAAUAUUCCAGGGACAAAGUCAGAUAUUCGAGCAAUUGCGCGAUCUUUCACGCAAAGUAGAUGAGGUAAUAGGACGCCAAGAAAACACACUAUCGCUGGUAUCGAGAAGUGCUGGUGCGCCGGUACAACAAGUAGGUGCUGCGCCAGGUGCCGGUGUGCCACCUGUUGCCACGGGCACAAUUAGCGGUACAAUCACACGACCUGAAGUUGAUCUUAUGGUUGCAAAUCAAAAUGCCUUAUUGGCGACAGCGCGUGAGAUACGUACGCUAAUCGGUGAAAUUCAAAUACGCGCCGACACAAUCGUGCAAAAUCAACAACGUGCGCCCACAGCACAAGUGCAAGCAGCCGGCUACGAUAUACAAUCGGUCAUCGCUGAGAUGCGAGACGGCAUGAAUCAGGUGAAACAGGGCAUGGCGCAUGUUGGACAGAAACUUGGCUCGCCACAGGCGCAAACGGGUUGUCCAACAGGUAACUGUGUUGGCGUAACUUUGUUCCUAGCCGUGACUGUUGUGCAACUGAUACUUGUGUUUUUAUACCAAUUUUUCAAGAGUCGCAGUGAAGCUCAAGCGAAGAAGUUCUACUAAACCAAAUUCAUGAACAACCGAAUCACUAUAGAAAAUUACAAUGAUUUAUGUGGAAUUUGUAUUUUUUUCUGCAUGCAAAUCGUUUUUAUUACACAUGUCCCAAUCAAUUCGUUUUAAUUAAAAUGAAAUGUUGCUUUACAUUGUGCGUAAGAUAAAGCAGCUCCAGAAUGUUAGCAACAUUUUCCGAGAAUUUCCAUGAACAAUUUGUAUACCAAGAGAACAAAACAAAACGAAAAAAGUGUAAAAUUAAAAAAUAUGUCUAAAAAGGAGUAGAUAAAAAUUUAAAACAAAUAGUAAAUGAAUUGUGAAAAAUAUCAUUAACACUGAAAAUGUUCAAACUGGAAUGAGUUUGUAUCGAAUGUGUCGUAUCAAUGUGUUGUGUAUUUAACAGUUAUUUAAAGAAAUAUACAACAUUGCAUUUCUUUGCUGCGCUCUCAUUGCAGUUUAAUA